UUUGUUUUGCAAAUCUAGUUUCCAUUGUGCAAAACAAGAGGCAGCAAAUGAUCAAAUUGAUUGAUAUUUAACUUCGGAGCAGCUCAAAAAUAACCAAAAACGCUGAAAACCAAAGAAUCCAUCGCUGAUGAUACUGAAAAUCUGUCCCAGCAUGAGGACAAUUUUGGUUAUGCAUCCCAUGCGAAAAUCGCAGCUGACCUUGGCCGUUGUUACUUACUUGCUGCUGGUGUCCUUGACGCCCACAAAAGCCGGUGAGGCAAACGCAAAACCCAACAUCGUGCUAAUACUAAGCGAUGACCAAGACCUGACGUUGGAGGGCAUGACACCGAUGAGGCAAGUCCAACAGCUGAUUGGCAAAGCCGGCGCUACAUUCGGUCAUGCGUACACCAGCUCGCCACUGUGCUGUCCUUCGCGCGCCAGUCUGCUAUCCGGCAUGUACGCACACAAUCAUGGCACUACCAACAACUCACUGAGUGGAGGCUGCAAUGGCCACCGCUGGCUCACAAAAAUCGAACCACAAGCAUUGCCUGUGCUGCUGCAGUCCGAUGGCGGCUACGAAACCUUCUUCGGUGGCAAAUACUUGAAUGAGUUUCGCGGCGAACGGGUGCCACCGGGUUGGACGCAGUUCUACGGCUUGCAUGGCAAUUCACGUUACUACAAUUACACGCUACGCGAAAAUAUACGCAAUGUCAGCUACACAGACACUUAUUUAACAGAUUUACUGCGUGAUAAGGCGUUGGCAUUCUUGAAAACGCGCAACAAGCAGCAACCGUUUUUCGCAAUGAUCACGCCUCCAGCGCCGCACGCGCCCUAUACGCCAGCCGAGCGGCAUCGUGGUGCCUUUGCGCAUGUGAAGGCACUGCGAACGCCAAACUUCAACCGCGUACCUCUGCCACAAGAAAAGCAUUGGCUUGUGGCCGCCACACGCCCCAUACCAAGCGAGACCGUAAAGCUGCUUGAUAACUUCUACCAACAACGCUGGGAGACGCUACUUGCUGUAGACGAAAUGGUUGCCGCAAUUGUUGAAGCGUUGACGGAGCAGCAGCAACUGGACAACACCUACAUAAUUUACACAUCGGACAAUGGCUAUCAUAUGGGCCAAAAUGCACAGCCUUGGGAUAAGCGACAACCCUACGAGACCGACAUUCGCGUGCCGCUAAUGGUGCGCGGUCCUGGCGUGCCAAAUGGUGUGUUUGUGUCGCAACCUACGCUGCUGCUAGACCUAAUGCCAACCAUACUUCAAUGGACGGGGCUACAUUCGCAUACAGAAAUGGAUGGCUUGCCAAUACAAGUGACUUUGCAAAGUGCCAGUGACGGCGAAUUGGGUGGGAAAGAGUAUCGGCGUAGCGUGCUGGUGCAACACUGGGGAGAGGGUAACAGCGACACUUACAAUGAAGGCUGUCCCUGGUCACGCAAGGAUCGAUUAGCGCAGUGUACGCCAGAAUCAGACUGCCAUUGUCAGGAUGCUUGGAACAAUACAUACGCGUGUGUGAGACACUUUAGGGGUAUCACUGAUCGAUUGUAUUGCGAAUUCGAUGAUAGAGAGAACUUUGUUGAGGCGUAUGACGUAGAAGAUGAUCCGCAUCAAAUAAACAAUAUCGGCUAUGAGCUGCUGCCAAUUGAACACGCCUUCUACAAUUUGGCGUUGGCGAAUCUAACGCGGUGUGCGGGCAGCAGCUGCAAUGACAUUAAUCUAUAAAAAUUGAGCUUUCGUCCGGAACGCACAAAACGAUCUCCAAGUGUGAUUGAAACAUACAUACUAUGUACAUGUAACAACUUCGAAUAUAAAUACAUACAUACAUAUACGCAAGUAAAAAAAGUAGUAAAAAUGUUUUUCAACUCGGUGCUUAAUAUACCUAAACUCGUCCUGGACUUCUGAAAUGGACGAAAAUGUUUUUAUUGGAACACGAAAAAUAUGAAUCUCCAAGUCAGGGAUGCUCUACCUUUUGGUCGAAUUACCGACUUCCGGAUCCGCCCGGAAGUGAGAUAAACUGACCCGAAGUCAAUUUUUUUUAAGGAUAUAUGUAUGUAAGUACAUAGUUUUACUAGAUAUGGAUUCUGCGGACAAACUUUACAUAACUUUCAUCGCGGAGUUGGUCGGUCAUAUUUUUGCGUUAUUCAAUAAAACAUUUACCUCCAUUUUAGUGGGGGUGGGCGCGUGGUCUAGGACACUCUGUAUAUUAAUAUUUGCAAUUGUUAUCGUCCAAAUGGAAACUUUAUUUUAUUUGCUUCCCAGCACC